UGCACGAGAGGCGGGAUUUCUUGACGGUUUCCUCAUGUAUCAUCAUCAUCCUAUGGACUGACUUGUUUGUUGUCGAGCAAGAUGGAGUUCCUUUUGGGAAAUCCUUACAGUACUCCAGUUGGGCAUUGCAUUGAAAGAGCCACCGAUGGCUCCUUGCAAAGUGAAGACUGGACCCUUAACAUGGAAAUAUGUGACAUCAUUAAUGAAACAGAGGAUGGGCCAAAGGAUGCCAUCAGAGCAGUGAAGAAGAGGCUAAAUGGAAACAAGAAUUACAGGGAAGUGAUGCUAACUUUAACGGUGCUGGAGACCUGUGUAAAGAACUGCGGCCAUCGUUUUCAUGCCCUGGUCACCAGCAGGGACUUUGUAGAUGGUGUGCUUGUAAAAAUUAUCUCACCUAAAAACAACCCACCCACUAUAGUUCAAGAUAAAGUGCUUGCCCUGAUUCAGGCAUGGGCCGAUGCAUUCAGGAGCAGUCCAGACCUCACAGGUGUGGUCCAGAUCUAUGAAGAGCUAAAGAGAAAAGGAAUAGAGUUCCCUAUGUCAGACUUGGAGACUCUAUCACCUAUACACACACCUCAGCGGAUGGCUUCUGCUCCAGAGGGUGACUCCACCCUACAUAAGUACACUACAGCCUCCCAGCCCACACCGCAUGCUGUCCCGCCAGCCUACAACACCCCUCAGGUCCCCAACCUUCAUGCCUCUGGAUCCAUUAAUCCCACACCAGAACAGAUUUGCAGGCUGCGCAGUGAGUUAGACAUUGUACGUGGAAACACUAAGGUGAUGUCAGAGAUGUUGACUGAGAUGGUGCCAGGACAAGAGGAUGCUUCAGACUACGAGUUAUUACAGGAGUUGAACAGGACCUGCAGAGCGAUGCAGCAAAGAAUAAUGGAGCUCAUUUCCUGCGUUUCUAAUGAGUCAGUGACCGAGGAGCUGCUGCAUGUCAACGAUGACCUCAAUAACAUCUUCCUACGCUAUGAGAGGUAUGAGAGAUUCAGGUCUGGAAGGUCUUCAGCUCAGAGUGUCAACAAUGGGCUGAGACAGGUCCUUAGUGAGGCUACAGAGGACAACCUCAUAGACCUUGGUCCAGGCUCUCCAGCUGUGGUCAGUAAUAUGCCCAAUGCAGCACCAACCAGCCUGCCAGCCUCCAUCACAGCCCCAGCAGGAAGACCUUCAUCUCCAGCCACCCUGGCCUCCCGCCUGGCCGGUCUUGACAUGGGUGCAGACAGUGUGAGCAGUACCUUGAGCUCACUGUCCAGCUGUAAACCUGCUCCAGCACAGGAUGACUUUGACGUGUUUGCCCAGACCAGGACUGGAGCUCUAUCUUCUGAACCACGCAAGACCACCACAGCUGAUGACAGUCGUCCUCCAACUCUUGACGUCUUGCAGCCGACUGCAGAAGCGGGUGGAGGCCAGUCCUCUGUCAUGGAUGACAUAGAGGAGUGGCUGUGUACUGAUGUGAAAGGAGACGAAGGCGAGGAAGGUGUGACCAGUGAAGAGUUCGAUAAAUUCCUGGAGGAGCGAGCCAAAGCUGCGGAGAUGGCCCCCAGCCUACCAUCGCCCCCUAGUGGCGAUCCGGGCGCACAGCAGGGAACCCCCAGCCGCAAGAAACCAGACCGGCCGGAGGACGCGUUGUUCGCCAUGUAGACCUUUCACGUUUGACCUCUGAUCCUACGUUACGCCUAACCCCCGACCAGCUGAGCCGUAUCAUCCGAGGACAGACCAACCCACCACUAAGAAUACAUCCAUCUUUCAUCCCUUAUCCUCCACCAUCGCACUGUCGACUUACACAUGCUGUGUUCAUAAAAAGGGAAUAUUUGAUUUUGUUUAUUUGAAGAAGGGAAAACCCACAAAAAAAGGUUUAUUUGGAAACGCCACCACACUGGAUUACUCCCACUUGACGUCCAGUGUCAGAGACCACAAGGCAGUCUACUUAUUUCACCUUUAUCUGUCCAGAUUCUCCCUCAGCCUGUUGUGGACUGCAGAGCUUCCUGUUGCAGCUUAUCCUCGUAAUAUCAUGUAGAGUUUUCUAAAAGAGGCAUACAACACAGAUAUUAAUUUCUUAUUUCUCCAAGCAUGUGUUAAAACCUCAACCAUUUUUACUAUUAAAGGAACCCAAACAGAAAAAUUAGGUUAUUAUUAUUAUUAUUAUUAUUAUUAUUAUUAUUAUUAUUAUUAUUAUUGCAACAUUUAAAAAAAAAAAAAGGCAAAGAUAUUGUUUUGGUGUUUGUAUCAGUCCCUUUGCAGUCAGAGCUGAAUUGUAAAUGUGUAAAUGACAGAUGUGGAGUUUAUGAGUUAUGUGUAUAUUUAAGCUGCAUAUGUAUGGAAAGAUGCUGAUUUAUUAUAGAUUUCUUGAAAUGGUUAUUAGAGCAGGCUUUGAUAUGAGGGAUGUACUUCACUGUGGAAUCACAAGCAAAGGGAAUAGUGUACAUCGGAUCAUUUAUAGUUAAAGAAGGGAAUGUAUUGUGUUUUUUUUUUCCUUUUUGAUUGGCGUAUUUGCGCACAAUACUGACAAAUUCAAUUCUGCCUCACCGCGCGGUCGAUUAUUCAUAAACAGUUGUUUGAUGCUUCUUAUAAGUAAAUCAUUGAGAUUAUUUUUUUGCCGAGAUCUGAUUAUCUGAAAGUUUGGAGGCUGGUCUUAAUACCGUCUGAUUGUUGCUGUUUAUUGAAUCAUCUUUAUGCUGAAGAUAGAUACAUCUGCGUCAUGAAUUUAAUAGAGAGUGGUGAUAUUUUUAACAGAAACCCGGUCAAAGUUAAAGCGACUGGUGGUUUAUUUGUGCUGUUUUUCUUCUCUGAAAUUGAUUUUAGAGGACCAAAUAUGUGCUGUCUUCUUGCUGCUGAAGGGGGGAGGGUGAAAAAACUCACAGUAUGUACAGUAUAGACAGAAUAAUUGCGCCGUACAUAUAGGGCCGGGUCCCGUCUUCGACCCAGAAUUCACAGCUUUAUAUCCGAGGAUGUAAUGAAAAAUUCAACAGCGCACUACAGAAACCUGUUUGCACAUAAUUUCCUCGCAAUUCUCCCUUUUCCCUUUUUUCUUUACGCUGACAUCUUUAAAAGGCUUGACCUUUUGAACAUGACAUUUGUUUUCAGAAAUGAGCUCGCUGCAGACGUCGCACUACAAAUGAGACAUUUACUCUUGACAAUAACAAAUGCAACGUGUUACACAAUCACAACAAGCUUCAAACAACCCUGCACUUUGACAGUCACGUUACCUUUCAACUUGUACUGUAAAUCAGCUAGAGGAUGAACACUUAACCCGUUGUAAUUAAUGAGAAAUGUAUGGAAAUAUUUGAGCAAAACUAUAGAAAUAAUUUAUUCAGCAUUUUUUUCAGUAUUUGAAAUCAUUUUAUUGUUCUAAAAAGAAAAUGUAUAGGGAAAGAAUGAGAAUAGUCCUAUUGUGCUGUAGUGCUUUUGUUUAUGGAGUUCAGAGUUUCCUUUUUAUACAUCGCUGCUGGCUAAUGUAGCUUAUUUGUCAUGGUUAUACUUAUUGCUUAUGUGGAUGUUCCUGUUUGUUUUAAUGUGUCCAUAUGGUAAAUAUAUGGACAUAGUUUAUAAGGGAGUUCAUCGCCAAUAGUGGCAAUUCGUAACUGUAAGACAAGCUCAUCAGAUCUGUUAUUCUCAUGAAGGAACAUGUUCUUAUUCAUUAGACUCACUCAUUUAUUUUUGGACUGACCUACUAAACAAAACAAAACCGGCUUUUGACGUUUUGACAAAGCACCCUCGGCUUCAUUGCACAUCGAAAGAGAAAACUCCUUUCUCCUUCUGUUCUUCUUGUUUUGGUGUUAAACGUGUGUGUGUGAACUGAACUGUUGUGUAAAGCCUCUGCACAUCUGUUGUGGUCAUCCAUACUUGUUUUGAUAGUUACCCAGGAACCACCUGGCUUUAUUUCAGUGUAACCUGUCAGUGAUUUGUAAUGAAAUCUCUGAAAACUUUUCUUGUUUUUUUUUUGUUUUGUUUUGUUUUUUAUGUUUGCCAGAGAGUCAUCUCAGACCUGUUUUUGCAGAGGAACAAUACGUUUCUUCGUACUUCACUGGAUAAUAUGAAGAAAUGCUGAUAAGGGAGGCUGUGCUGUAUGACUGCUACUUUCCUGAGUUGCCUCAUCUUUCAUUUCUUUUUGUGUUGUUUGACUUAUGCAUGAACUCUAAUAAAACAUCAGCAGUGUG